AUGCGUGUGCUGCAGUCACAGACAGAGAGAGGUGAUAUCACCCAGAAGGGCUACGAGAAGAAAAGAUCCAAACUUUUACAAGCUUACCUACCUCACACACAAGGGGCAGAGCGCCGCAUCCCUGUCACACCAUCUUCAUCAUCUUCCUCAUCCUCCCGUUACCAACGCCGGCGGUCCACUGGCACGAGGGAUGAACGUUACCGCUCAGAUGUUCACUCAGAAGCUGUUCAGGCUGCGCUGGAGCGACACAGUGAGAGAAAGAUGACUGUGCUCUUGCCAUCCAAACGGCAGUCGCUCGUCGGUCAAACCUCCAUGGACACAUAUACACCUCCAGACUCGUCCUCCGGCUCUGACGCUGAGGGGUCUCUGGGGAGGGCGGGGGGUGUCAGCGUGGACUCCUGGAUCAGCAGAGCUCUCCAUGGCUCACCUUCCACAUCUUCGUCAUCAUCGUCGCACAGCAACAGCUCUGCCAACGCAGCCCGACUUGCAGAGACCAGCAUGCACUCAUACGGCUUUGGUCCGAUGUCUCAUCUGUCUCUGAAAAGGUGGGGCUUAAGAGAAAUGGGCGUUUCUGCUGAGAAUGGAAUAGUUGGCAGGCACUCCAGUGACUACCAAUCAGAUCGCCCUUGGUCGUCUCUGGAUUCUGAGGACAGUCUGACGGCCCCUCCUGACAUCACCAGCUACAUGCCAGACCCCGCCCCCAUCUCUGUUCAACGCCCACAGGUCACCAUGAUAACCAGGCCCCUGCCCAAAUAUGGCAAUGCUGAGUUGAUGGAGACAGGAGAUGGUGUGCCUGUCAGUAGCCGUGUGUCGGCAAAGAUCCAGCAGCUAGUUAACACGCUGAAGCGACCCAAGCGAAGACCCCUGAGAGAAUUUUUUGUGGAGGAUUUUGAAGAACUUCUGGAAGUGCAGCAGCCUGAUCCUUCUCUGCCACGCCCAGAAGGGGUGGAGUCAACACCUAUACAAGGAGAAGAACUUGACGGACUCAAGAACUGCCCCGCCUCCCUGGAAGCAGCCCUUCUACGCUGGGGAGCCAUUGCACCUAAAGCCCCCUGUUUGACCACUACACACAGCAAUGCCAAACAGCCGUACACACUUACAUAUGGUAAACUCUGGUCCAAGAGUUUGAAGUUGGCCUAUAACCUUCUCCAUAAACUGGGAUCCAAACAAGAGCCAAUCAUUCACCCUGGAGACAGGGUAGCAUUGGUUUACCCCAAUAAUGACCCAGCAGCGUUCAUGGUGGCGUUUUAUGGAUGUCUUUUGGCUGAAGUUGUUCCUGUCCCAAUUGAAGUACCACUUACAAAGAAGGAUGCUGGGAGUCAACAAAUUGGUUUCCUUUUGGGUAGCUGUGGAGUUGCUGUGGCAUUAACAAGUGAUGCAUGUCAUAAAGGUCUUCCCAAGAGUGCUAGUGGUGAUGUCAUGCAGUUUAAAGGCUGGCCAAAGUUGCUCUGGGUGCUGACUGACUCCAAACAUUUAUCUAAACCCCCACGAGAAUGGUUUCCUCUCAUUAAAGAUGCCAACAAUGACACAGCAUACAUAGAGUAUAAGACCUGUAAGGAUGGGAGUGUGUCACACAUUACAAACGACAUAACCAGGCCUAUGCCUCAGGAGGGCAGCUCUAAGCCAGCAGGCCAAGGAGUCCUAAGUAUGACGAAUCUGAGUCAUGGGGUCAUCAGAGUGGACACGGGAGAGAAGCUGUCCGUCCUCACCCUACAGGAUGUGGGCACAGCCAUGCCAGGAGCAAUGGUGUGUGUUGUUAAACUGGAGGGUGUUCCUCAACUGUGUAAAACCGAUGAGAUUGGAGAGAUCUGCGUGUCGUCUGUUGCCACGGGAACGUCAUAUUAUGGGCUUUCAGGAAUGAGCAAGAACACAUUCGAGGUGUGUCCAGUGGCAUGUGACGGUGGAUUUGUCAGCGAUUGCGUUUUCGUGAGGUCAGGUCUGCUGGGGUUUGUGGGUCCGGGUGGGAUGAUCUUCAUCUCUGGUACACUUGAAGGACUGAUGCAGGUCGGGGGUCGGAAACACAGUGCUGAUGACAUCAUCGCUACCGCUCUUGCUGUUGAGCCCAUGAAGUUCAUCUAUAGAGGAAGAACGGUGGUGUUCUCAGUGAAUGUGUUGUAUGAUGAGAGGAUUGUGCUGGUAGCAGAACAGAGACCAGAUUCAACUGAAGAAGAGAGUUACCAGUGGAUGAGCCGAGUGUUGCAGGCUAUAGAUGGGAUUCAUCAGGUGGGGGUGUACUGCCUGGCAUUGGUUCCUGCCAACACCCUCCCCAAAACCCCUCUGGGUGGAAUCCACCUGUCUGAGACCAAACAGCUGUUCCUGGAGGGGGCGCUACACCCUAGCAGCAUCCUCAUGUGUCCUCACUCCUGCAUCACAAACCUGCCCAAACCCAGACAGAAACAACCCGAGGUGGGUCCUGCCUCUGUGAUGGUGGGGAAUCUCGUUGCAGGAAAGCGAAUGGCUCAGGCCAGCGGACGAGACCUGAGUCACAUGGAGGACAAUGAGCAGUUCCUUUUUCUGUCGGAGGUGCUGCAGUGGAGAGCUCAGACAACACCUGAGCACAUAUUGUACACACUUAUUAACUCACGGGGGGCAAUAGGAAGCUCUCUGACCUGUCUACAGCUUCACAAGAGAGCAGAGAAAAUUGCAACUUUGCUGUAUGAAAGAGGACAGCUACGAGACGGAGACCAUGUAGCAUUAGUUUAUCCACCAGGUUUAGAUCUGAUCGCCGCCUUUUACGGCUGUCUGUAUGCAGGCUGUAUUCCUAUAACUGUGCGACCACCUCACCCUCAGAACAUCUCUACUACACUACCUACAGUUAAAAUGAUCCUAGAGGUGAGUCGUUCAGUGUGUGUUAUGACCACUCAAGCCAUCUCUAAACUUCUGAAGUCCAGAGAUGCAUCAGUGGCUGUGGACUUUAAAUCAUGGCCUCCUAUCCUGGAAACAGAUGACUUGCCAAAGAGGCGUUGUUCACUGUUGUAUAAGCCAUGUGACCCAGACACAUUGGCCUAUCUGGACUUCAGUGUGUCCACUACAGGCAUGCUCGCUGGAGUGAAGAUGUCUCACAAUGCAACCAGUGCCCUAUGUCGCUCUGUUAAACUGCAGUGUGAGUUGUAUCCCUCUCGUGAGGUGGCCGUGUGCCUUGACCCAUACUGCGGCCUUGGCUUUGUCUUGUGGUGUCUCUGCAGUGUGUAUGCAGGGCAGCAGUCUGUUCUGAUCUCUCCAAUGGACCUAGAGGUGAAUCCUGCUUUGUGGCUGCAGUCCGUCAGUCAGUUUAAAGUCCGAGACACAUUCUGCUCAUAUUCUGUGAUGGAGCUCUGCACGAGAUCUCUCAGCUCUCUCACUGACUCUCUAAAGGCCCGUGGGAUGGAUCUGACCCGUGUGCGUUCAUGUGUGGUUGUGGCGGAAGAGAGGCCUCGCGUUGCUCUGACACAAUCCUUCUGUAAGCUCUUUAAGGAUGUGGGGCUGCACCCGCGUGCCGUCAGCACUGCCUUCGGCUGCAGGGUCAAUCUCGCAGUCUGCCUACAACCUCAUAGGUUGGGGAAGCUUGCUGAGCAGGGAACAUCAGGACCUGAUCCUACGACUGUCUAUGUGGACAUGAGAGCGCUGAGACAUGACAGGGUGAGACUGGUUGAAAGAGGAUCUCCACACAGUCUACCUCUCAUGGAAUCUGGGAAGAUUUUACCUGGUGUACGCAUCAUCAUUGCUAACCCAGAGACAAAGGGACCAAUCGGAGACUCUCAUUUAGGGGAGAUCUGGGUCCAUAGUCCACAGAAUGCCAGCGGGUACUUCACUGUGUUCGGAGAGGAAAAUGUGCGUUCGGAUCAUUUCGGAGCCAGGUUGAGCUUUGGAGACACUCAGACUUUGUGGGCCAGAACCGGAUACCUGGGGUUCCUGCGCAGGACUGACCUCACUGAUGCAAAUGGAGAAAGGCAUGAUGCCCUUUAUGUGGUGGGAGCGUUAGAUGAAGUCAUGGAGCUGAGAGGUAUGAAAUACCAUCCCAUUGACAUUGAAACGUCCAUCAUCAGGGCACACCGGAAUAUCACAGAAUGUGCGGUGUUCACAUGGACGAAUCUCUUGGUGGUGGUGGUGGAGUUGGACGGUUCGGAGCAGGACGCUCUAGAUCUGGUUCCCAUGGUAACUAAUGUGGUUCUAGAGGAACACUACCUGAUUGUUGGCGUGGUGGUCGUCGUGGAUACGGGCGUAAUUCCCAUCAACUCUCGAGGAGAGAAGCAACGCAUGCACCUGCGGGACGGCUUCCUCGCCGACCAGCUCGACCCCAUAUAUGUGGCUUACAACAUGUAGAAACACGCAAGCUGAUGAUCUUAAAGACAGGCUCAUUCUCAUGAGCUCAGGCACAACAACCAUGAUUUCCAGCACCUUCUCACUGUCAGCACUUCUGUCAGCCUGUUAACUGUAGAUUGAACACCCUCAAAAUAGCAAACACACACUCACAUGAUUCGCAGAGGGACUUAAAAGACUCCUGUAGCAUAUCUUCAAGUUUUUAUUUUCAGUUUUGAUUGUGUCGCCCAAUAUUUUGCUAGUGUUGGUUAUUUUUUUAACUUGCAUACUAAAUGUAAUUUAAAGAA